UUGAAACACAUCGUAGAUAAAGUGGAAUACCUAGAAGGUUGUUUUUGCCAAUUGCCGAAAUAUUUCUCGCAAGUAAAUUAAUCUCGUAAACAAUGAUUCAGAUCUAUAUCAAUUGACUAUAUAAAGAACGAAAACAAUGGACCCAGUAACAACACACGCAAAAUAUAAUGCACCGUAUACCUUCUACGAUAAGCUUAUUCUUCGUGGUGAUAGGGACCGCGAGUGCCCGAAGGCACUUUCCAGAUGGAUUUAAAUUCGGAGCUAGCACAUCCGCAUAUCAAAUAGAGGGCGCUUGGGAUGUUGAUGGCAAAGGUCAGAACGUGUGGGACUCUUACACACAUAUCCUGUCAGUUAUCAGUUUCCCGACAGCUGAUAUUGCCUGCGACUCGUACCACAAGUGGGAGGAAGACAUCCAAAUUUUAAAGACUUUAGGCGUCCAGACGUAUAGAUUGUCCAUAUCGUGGUCAAGGAUCUUACCCAACGGUACUGCCGACUACGUAAAUGAAAAAGGGGUGCAAUAUUAUCUGAAAAUAUUGAAGGCGUUGAAAGCUAAUGGCAUUGAACCGAUAGUGACGAUAUACCAUGGAGAUCUACCGGUACCCAUGAACGACAUCGGCGGCUGGAUAAACCCCAAAAUCAUCGAUUACUUUAGUGAAUAUGCGAGGAUCUGCUUUGAUCGGUUUGGAAGUUACGUGAAUUACUGGUUGACCCUAAACGAACCGCGGCGGAUAUGUCCCCCGGGUGAAAUAAACAUCGGUUGGGGCGUGCUAAAGAAUUACGUCACUGGCGAAGCCAUCUACGAAUGUUCGUACAUCAUCAACAAGGCACACGCCAAAGCUUAUCAUAUCUACGAUGAAGAAUUUCGUAGCUCACAGAAUGGUAAGGUUUCCAUAGUGUUGGACGUGGAAUGGUUGGAACCGUACACCAAUAGCUCGGAGGACUUGGGAGCUGUUGAAAGGGAAUUCGAAUUUAGCCUUGGUAGAUUCGCUAAUCCGAUCUAUCUCGGCAAUUGGCCGCAAAUCGUGAUCGAAAGGGUAGCGACCAGAAGCUCGUUGGAGGGCUACAACGUAUCCCGGUUACCAGAAAUGAGCCAGGAAGAUGUGGAAUAUAUAAAAGGAACUCACGACUUCUUCGCGCUGAACAUGUACACGAGUUUCCUGGUCGAAAAUGAAGAUGAACCUUUUGUUCUCUGGGCGGAUUACAUGGCGGACAAAAAAACUCAAACCCACGUCGAUCCCGCUUGGAGGCCGUCGAACGUCACCUCAGUGGUCUCCAAUCCCGAGGGAAUUAGGAAAUUGCUCAAAUACAUUAACGACCGCUACCAACCUAGUGAGAUUUUCAUAACGGAAAACGGUUGGCCAGAUGGUAACACGGAACUGCAGGAUACUGAGAGGAUCGAAUAUCUCGAGGCGCAUUUGAGUAACGUUUUGGAUGCCAUACACGAAGACAACGUCAACGUUGUUGGAUAUUCAAUGUGGAGCCUGCUAGAUAACUAUGAGUGGAUUUAUGGGUACCGUGUAAAGUACGGCCUCGUGCAAAUAGAUUUUGACAAUCCCAAUAGAACGAGGACUUUUAAGGACUCAGCCAAGUGGUACCAGAAGGUGAUCGCUGCUCGGUGUUUGGAUGAAGUUUGCGAAACUUAAUGUUGGAAUCUGAUAACGCUUCAAUUGCAACCUAACAUUUAAAAUAUAAUUUAUUUUUGUUACGUGUUGUUUUUUUAG